CCUCACCCCUUUCAGACUUCUCUCUGUUCGCUACACUCUUUCAAGCAGGCUUGAACUAUUUCUUCAUUCUCUCAAGUAGACAAGCCGGUUUUCUUUUUUGCCCAUCUCUCUCUCUCUUAUAACCCGACCUUCCUCACCCAACACAACCAACAACAUCCACAACCAACACAUUCAAGAUGAAGUACUCCUUCGCCGUCGCUCUUAGCACUCUCGUGCUCGGCAUCGCCGCCGCCCCCGCCGCCAACGGCGCCGCCAACAGCAACGGCAACGGCAUCGCCCACGCCGAGCGUGGCUACUUCGACUUCCUCCACCACGCCGCCCGCGCCGAGAAGCCCAGCAAGACCAGGUCCGCCAAGAGCCCCAAGAAGACCAAGCCCAGCAAGACGCGCAACCCGGGCUCCAUCAUCACCUCGGCCCCCGGCGCCCCCGGCAACGGCACCGACAGCUACGGCAUCCGCGCCAGCAACGGCACCGCCCCGGCCCCCGGCGGCGGCCUCCCCGCCUCCUCCGGCACCUCUGUCCUGAAGGCCGCCCAGACUGUCGCCGCCGGUGAGUCCUUUGACGGCGGCAUGGUCGCCUUCGACCGCGGCGUCUCCUGCACCGGACAGGCCGAGGGCGGCGACUCGGACGCCGUCUUCAUCCUCGAGAAGGGUGCCAAGCUCUCCAACGUCAUCAUCGGCCCCAACCAGAUCGAGGGCGUCCACUGCAACGGCGGCUGCGCCCUCGACAACGUCUGGUGGUCCGCCGUCUGCGAGGAUGCCUUCACCAUCAAGCUGCAGGACGCCGGUGAGACCACCACCAUCACCGGCGGUGGCGCCUUCGGUGCCGAAGACAAGGUCCUCCAGCACAACGGCGGCGGCACCCUCUCCGUUAGCGGCUUCACCGUCGAGACCUUUGGAAAGCUGUACCGCAGCUGCGGCAACUGCAAGACCAGCGCCGAGCGCCACGUCAUCUUUGACAGCAUCAACGCCUCCUCCGGAAAGCUCCUUGCUGGCAUCAACUCCAACUUCGGCGACACCGCCACCUUCAAGAACGUCGUCGCCAAGGGCGUCAAGGAGAUCUGCACCGAGUUCAAGGGCACCACCCCCGGCAACGAGCCCUCCGAGGUUUCCUCCGGCCCCUCCGCGGCCUGCAUUUACUCUACCUCCGACGUCACCAGCUCUUAAGCUCGAGAUCACGACGCGAAGAUCCGCUCGGGCGCAUUGUCCUGGGACGAGAGAUCAGUACGGAUUGCCCACUCCCACCACGGGAAAGGCGGCCGUCCAAAACCAAAACAUAGGCUUGUUUAUUUGUAGAUAUUCCCUCAUUCUUGUACAUUCCACAUAGCGUGUGUACCUAGAAUCCAACGCCCUGCGGGCAGUUACCAC